AUGAGUCGGUUAUUGACGAUUCGACAAGCCGAAGAGCUUCACAAAUCAAUCAUAGCAUAUCUAUCCGCAAAUAAUCUUUCCAAUGCCGCUUCUGCGCUGAGAGGAGAGCUAGGCCUCUCCGAGGAGGUGUUUGAUACGGCUACGAUGGUCAAAUAUGAGACAUUGUUAGAGAAGAAAUGGACAAGCAUCAUAAUGGAUCUUGAGGCUCGCUGUGGAGCCUUGCAGACAGAACUAAACAACGCUACACCCACAUCACUCUCGAAGCGCAACCAAGACCCGGCAUCCUGGCUUCCCAAAGUCCCAGCCCGUUAUUCGUUAGAGUCGCACCGAAACACCAUCAAUUGCCUCGCCUUCCAUCCGAAAUUCUCCUCUAUUGCCUCCGGCUCGGACGAUUGCAUGAUCAAAAUAUGGGACUGGGAACUUGGUGAACUAGAAACAACACUCAAAGGUCAUACAAGAGCAGUUCUCGACGUGGACUACGGCAACACUCAAAGUGGUGUGCUGCUGGCAUCUUGCAGCUCUGAUCUCUCCAUCAAAAUAUGGAAUCCGUUAGAGGACUAUAAAAACAUUCGAACGUUGCUGGGUCACGAACAUAGUGUCAGCGCCGUCCGUUUCAUCCCGGGUCGGAACCUACUCACGAGUGCAAGCAGAGAUAAAGACUUGAGGAUAUGGGACGUCACGACGGGUUUUUGUGUGAAGACAAUACAAGGUCAUAGUGGUUGGGUACGAGACGUUUGCCCAUCUUUCGAUGGAAACUACCUCUUUUCGGCUGGCGACGAUGUUACUGCUCGACUAUGGGAUAUUACAAACAUAUCGAAUCCCGAAGCCAAGCUAACGAUGGUCGGGCACGACCAUGUCAUCGAAUGCUGCGCGGUCGCUCCACAGACAUCAUAUCAGUACCUCGCACCAAUGGCAGGGUUGAAGAAAGAGGCGCUUUCCAAAAUGAGCGCAGUCGAAUUCACAGCAACCGGAUCGCGAGACAAGACGAUCAAGGUUUGGGACCCUCGUGGAUCCUGCCUCAUGACAUUGGUAGGCCAUGACAACUGGGUUCGGGCUAUCGUCUUCCAUCCCGGCGGGAAAUAUCUUCUGUCAGCUUCGGAUGACAAGUCCAUACGAUGCUGGGAUCUGAGUCAAGACGGCAAAUGUGUGAAAACACUAUCAGACGCCCAUGGACGCUUUGUUACUUGUCUGAGAUGGGCUCCAAGUGUUGUCAAGGAAGUUGCUACUAAUGCCGAGAACGGUAACGGGCAAACAAACACCAACGGGCUACCAAAAGACAAAGACAGUCAACCAAACAUGCAAAUACGUUGUGUCGUCGCAUCGGGAGGUGUGGAUCAGAAGCUAAACAUUUUUGCGAAUUAG